AUGGGGGUGAAGCGGAGCCUUCAGAGCGGAGGCACCUUGCUGGGCUUCUUGGCCAACGUCCUCACCAUCCUGUCCACCACCACCAACUACUGGAUCCGCUUCUCUGGGGGCCACAGUGGCCUGUGGCAGGAGUGUAAGGGAGGCAUCUGCUCCAACAUCCCCUGCCAGAGCAUGCAGGCGGUGACCGGGGCGUGCAUGGUGCUGGCGGCGGGCUGCGGCAUCGUAGGCUUGGUGAUGGGUCUGCGGAUUCUGUGCCACGAGGGCGACUCGCGGGGCCAGAGCACGAGUGCCAUCUUCUUCCUCUGCGGCCUGCUGCUGCUGAUCGCCAUGACAGGCUACACAGUGAAGACUGCAUGGAAAAACGACAUCUUCUUCUCCUGGUCCUAUUUUUCGGGGUGGCUGGCUUUACCCUUCUCUAUUCUCGCGGGCCUCUGCUUUCUGCUGGCGGACAUGAUCACGCAGAGCACGGAUGCCAUCAGCGGAUUCCCCGUGUGCUUAUGACCGCAGCUGCCUGGGGCAGAAUAAAGGAACGGCUUCCACUGCCGCGGCUCCACGUGCCUUUCUGGGGGACCUGAGGACGCGGACACGGGGGUACCUGGAGGCUCAGGGAGGAAGUAAGGACAUGAACCUAUAGGGAACGUGGAGACAUGGGGCACACGGGCAUGGAGAUUCGAACAUGGACAGGACAAGGCACGUGGGUUUUGAUGGUAACAGGGACACGGGGGUAGUGGAGUCAGGAGGGGACGUGGGCUCAUGGAUAGGAUGUAGGGACACAGACAUGGAGGAAAAGUGGAGACGGGGACGGAGGAGGACGGAUAUGGGGGAACGUAGAGGCAAGAUCAUAGAGGGGAUGAGGAACACGGGCAUGGAGAGAAUGGCGGGACUCGGAC